GCCUCAGUGUAUGCUGCCAAUCAGCGCUCUCUAAUCUGUGUAAGAUCCGGCUGAUAUCAGUGCGCGAGGAAGCCCCGCCCCUCUUGUACUGCGCGCCUGGAUCCCUCCGCGCCACGCUCGCUCCCUCCCUCCGGCAGCCCGCCCGGCACCGCCCGAGCAGUGACCCGGUACCGCCCGCAUGGAGCUCAUCACUAUCCUCGAGAAGACCAUCUCUCCCGACCGCAAUGAGUUGGAAGCGGCACAGAAGUUCUUGGAGCAGGCGGCCAUCGAAAACCAGGCAACAUUCCUGUUGGAGCUCUCGAAAGUACUUGCAAAUCCUGCAAACAGCCAGGUGGCAAGAGUUGCAUCUGGUUUGCAGAUUAAAAAUUCUUUGACCUCAAAAGACCCAGAUGUGAAGGCACAGUACCAACAGCGGUGGUUGGGUAUAGAUGCUCAUGUUCGACGGGAAAUAAAGUCUUUGGUGCUGCGAACAUUGGGGACAGAGAGCUACAGGCCUAGUUCAGCGUCACAAUGUGUGGCAGGGAUAGCAUGUGCAGAAAUUCCAGUCAACCAAUGGCCUCAGCUAAUUCCACAGCUUGUUGCCAAUGUGACCGACCCAAACAGUACAGAACACAUGAAGGAAUCAACGCUGGAAGCCAUUGGUUACAUCUGUCAAGACAUUGAUCCUGAACAACUGCAACAUAAAUCCAAUGAAAUUCUCACGGCGAUAAUCCAGGGUAUGAGGAAAGAGGAGCCAAGCAACAAUGUCAGACUAGCAGCCACAAACGCUCUGCUCAACUCUUUGGAGUUCACCAAAUCUAACUUUGAUAAAGAGUCUGAAAGGCACUACAUUAUGCAAGUAGUUUGUGAAGCAACACAGUGUCCUGAUACUAGGGUACGAGUGGCUGCCCUACAGAACCUUGUGAAGAUCAUGUCCUUGUACUAUCAGUAUAUGGAAACCUAUAUGGGUCCUGCACUGUUUGCUAUCACUGUGGAGGCUAUGAAGAAUGAAAUAGAUGAAGUUUCUCUGCAGGGAAUAGAGUUCUGGUCCAACGUUUGCGAUGAGGAGAUGGACCUGGCAAUUGAAGCAUCUGAGGCUGCUGAGCAGGGGAGACCUCCAGAACACACGAGCAAGUUCUAUGCCAAGGGGGCUUUGCAGUACCUUGUCCCCAUACUGACACAGACCCUAACGAAACAGGAUGAGAAUGACGAUGAUGAUGACUGGAACCCUUGCAAGGCUGCUGGAGUUUGCCUUAUGCUACUCGCUACCUGCUGUGAAGAUGACAUUGUUCCCCAUGUGUUGCCAUUCAUCAAAGAACACAUUAAAAACCCAGACUGGCGCUACAGAGACGCUGCUGUAAUGGCAUUUGGGUGUAUCCUGGAGGGACCAGAAUCCUGCCAGCUGAAGCCACUAGUCAUUCAGGCAAUGCCUACAUUGAUUGAGCUGAUGAAGGAUCCCAGUGUAGUUGUGAGGGACACAACUGCUUGGACUGUUGGCCGGAUAUGUGAACUUCUCCCUGAGGCAGCGAUCAAUGAUGUUUACCUUGUUCCUCUACUGCAGUGCCUCAUUGAGGGCUUGGGGGCAGAGCCUAGAGUUGCGUCUAAUGUGUGCUGGGCUCUCUCCAGCUUGGCUGAGGCUGCUUAUGAAGCUGCAGACGUAACAGAUGUUCUGGAGGAGCCAGCGUCAUAUUGCUUGUCUAGCUCAUUUGAGGUGAUUGUGCAAAAGUUGCUGGAGACUACUGAUAGACCUGAUGGACACCAGAACAACCUACGGAGUGCUGCCUACGAAGCCCUAAUGGAAAUUGUCAAGAACAGUGCCAAGGACUGCUACCCGGCUGUGCAGAAAACCACUCUAGUGAUAAUGGAGAGGCUGCAACAAGUGCUUCAGAUGGAGUCCCACAUACAGAGCACAUCAGACAGGAUACAAUUUAAUGAUCUCCAGUCCCUUCUCUGUGCUACUCUCCAGAAUGUGCUCCGCAAGGUGCAGCCUCAGGAUGCCCUACAGAUCUCUGAUGUGGUGAUGGCCUCUCUGCUGCGCAUGUUCCAGAGCACAGCUGGUUCAGGAGGAGUGCAGGAAGAUGCCCUCAUGGCAGUGAGCACUUUGGUUGAAGUACUUGGAGCAGAAUUUUUGAAAUACAUGGAAGCAUUUAAACCUUUCCUUGCCAUUGGACUCAAAAACUAUGCAGAGUAUCAGGUAUGUCUGGCUGCUGUAGGUCUUGUAGGGGACCUCUGCCGAGCUCUGCAAACAAACAUUUUGCUAGUCUGUGAUGAGAUAAUGCAGCUUCUGCUGGAGAACCUAGGGAAUGAAAAUGUUCACCGCUCUGUUAAACCACAGAUCCUGUCUGUGUUUGGAGACAUUGCUUUAGCUAUUGGUGGGGAGUUUAAGAAGUACUUAGAGGUUGUACUGAACACAUUGCAGCAAGCCUCUCAGGCUCAAGUGGAUAAAACAGACUAUGAUAUGGUGGAUUACCUGAAUGAGCUGCGGGAGGGAUGCUUGGAGGCAUAUACCGGAAUAAUCCAAGGACUCAAGGGAGACCAAGAGAAUGUGCAUCCUGAUGUCAUGCUUGUGCAGCCGCGUGUGGAGUUCAUCCUAUCAUUCAUAGAUCACAUUGCUGGAGAUGAGGAUCAUACAGACAAUGUGGUGGCCUGUUGUGCUGGUCUUAUUGGAGAUCUUUGUACAGCAUUUGGGAAGGAUGUUGUUAAAUUGGUAGAGACUCGCCCAAUGAUCCAUGAACUGCUGACAGAGGGCAGACGAUCAAAGACGAACAAGACAAAAACACUUGCUACCUGGGCCACCAAGGAACUGCGAAAGCUAAAAAACCAAGCCUGACCACAGUGGCUGGGUGAUGCUGAUAACCCACUGGAAAUCUCCAACCUUCUUGAAAACAAAAAAAUUAUAUCCCGGAAGCGAGACGUAUGAGCGGGGUACUGAAUGUUUGAGAGUGAGAGAGAGUGAUUGAGUGAGGCUUCAAACAUACCAUAUGGAUAAUGCAUCCACAGCAGCGCUGUGAGAAGAGCAGACUUCCUGGGAGAAAGGGGUGAGAGCUGUAACAUUGUCCGCCCAUCAGCUGAGAGAAGCAAGGACCUGCAGGCCUUCAUUAAUUGUCUGCUUUCACUGCCUUGUGGCCAGGCAGAGCAGGAGUGACUGGUGUACCUUUUUUAUUUUUAACUUAAUUGGCCUUUAUUCUUUAUUUUUUUUCUUUUCUCCAGCACCCCCUGCUGAAAAAUAGCAGCCCUGGUCAGUUGCUGCACACGCCAUCUUUUUAGGGCAGGGGGGACCUGAGCGGAAGGAUUCUCGGAGCGAGUGUGGUGUGAGUGCGGAGGUAUAGCAGUGUCUACAGUCUGAACUUCAUUUUACAGAUUAUGCUGAGGAAAAGGGGUUCAUUGUUCUACAUGCUUCUGGAUACACCCUGAAGGAGUAACCGUUAUCAGAUGCAAAACACAAGAAUUCUAGAUUACAAAAUGUAAGGUUUUCUCUAGGUUAUUUAAAAAAUUAAACUUUUUUAACCAUUUCCUUUCCAGAAGCUAGUGCAGAUUAGAGACCUUUCUGGCAGGGGAUUGGUUAAGGGAAACACUGGCUUGAAAAUUCUCUAGUCCUGUAGUAAGCAAGCAGCAGCCUUUUGUCAGUCUGUUUGGGGGCGAGAAGAGCAGGGAACUGUUUAAAAAUUACAAAAUAAAUUCAAAGUUAACUGCCCAAGGAACAUGGAAAGCACCCCAUUCUUAUAUAAAUAUUAAGGUUUCUGGUGUUUGAGGGGGUCUGUGCCUCUCUGCACUCCACUAUCUCUGUAGAGAAAAAGAAAAAAAAAUGCCCACAAACGUGCCAAAGAGAAAAAUCCAUGAAGAUUAAGAAUGUGAAUUAAGCAGUUUCUGCGGGUGGGGGGGGAGGGGGGGGGGGCUACGGUACUCCGCUACUGCACAUAUUGUGUUCUUCCUGUGGUUUGUAUCUAGUCCCUCCCCAGCAGUGACAUUAUUUAGUUGUCCAUAUUUACAAGACCUAUUGCUUACACUGGAUGCUGCCAUUUUGUGGGCUGAACAAAUAUUCCUGACAACACGCAUUAUUAGGAAGUGAUGUCACAAGUUCCUAGUAAAUUGAUGGACUGUGUUCUUUUUACAUUUGGCUCAAAUAAUGGCUGUUUCCAUAGUGUCUAGACAAUUUGGGGUUUUUUUUCUUCCUUUUUUCUUUCUUUGGUGAACUAAAAGUGAUGCUAUGCUAUAGAGCAUGAAAUGCUAACUUUUAAUUCAGAAUCUAAUGUGAUAUUCAAUAUCCUGCACUUAAACAUUAAAAAAAAGUUCAUAGAAAAAAAUUACAAAAAAAAAUUCUAUUAUAGAUACGGACUGGAUGUACGUUGGACCAUGGCACUUGUACAAGGUUCUAUUUUUUCACUGCAGUUAAAUAUUAUAAUAAAAUGGUGUCAAACAUCCCCUGCCCUCCAUCUUGUGUUCUUGUUUUGAUUAUGAAAAGGCUCUUUGAGCCCUUAUUACAUUUUCUUCCCUCAGCCCCAAGCCCAGGUCUCUAAUGGCAGCAGUCUUAAUAUUUUCCCAUUGAUUGGUCCUCCAUUUCCCUUUUCAGCUCAGAUUUCUGUGGUAAUGAUACCCCAUAUAUGACUGGGGACUUCAGUGAACUGCCUCACAUUGAACUGUUCAACAGAUUUAUCAGGGUUUUAAAGAAGUGUGUGUGACAGUCAGUGUUCCUCUAAUAUAUAAGUGCAUUGCUGCAAAAGCUGUUUGUGUGUGUGUUUGAGGCACUGAAAUGGAGGUGGGAUUCAGUCUCCUUAUCCGUUUCACAACAGUCUUGCAGUCCAGCAUGAACCUGAUGUCCUAUGCAAUGUUUGUCUUAGAAUGAGGCUAGUUUUGGGCCUAUUCAAGUACUGGUAUGGAGAUCCCAAAAUACAAGCUUGCAUAAUAUGGUCUGAUGGCAAUCAACGUUCUUUCAGACAGUUUCUUUUAUAGGGACUGAGCAGCCCUGGCUGCAGCAAACUCCCUUUUUGUCAUAAGCAGUGGGGGAAGAGGGGAAAACAAAGGUUUCCUUCAUGCUCCUUUCUAGGCUGUGCCAUUUGUAGACUGCAAGGAGAAUAAACAAUGACACAGUGGUGGAAAUGAAA